AUGGAGCGGGCAAUUGCCUUGUUCCCGGUGAUGCUCGAUAUGGAAUAUCGACUUCGACUUGAUAAUCCAGCGCUUCAUCCGCUCAGCUUGCGCAUCCAUGUUCCAGUGACAGAAUAUGCUAUCAUGCUCAAGAUCGAGGAGAAAGGCAGUUUCCUUACCAGCAUUCGUGACUUGACUUCACAUGAUCGUAGUCGUCGCCAGUGUGACACAGCUGGAGAGGAAAGAAAAGAGCGUGAAAAAAGUUCCGAAACUGUUGCGAACCGAUCGAAGCAGCCCGAGCACGAUGCAGCGGAUCUAAUAGCUUUGGAUGAAGAAAUUUCACUGGAAGACAGCUUUGGUAGAAUUAACCUUGCUGAGGGACGUACGCUCGCAGUAGCAACCGGUGGCGGAUGUGGGGAAAGACCAGAUGGAGCAGUUACUGACAAGAAAAAACCUUCCGCCAUGAGCGUAUUUUUUAAUGGAGCACAGGACCGAUCAAAGGAACCAUACCUUUUCUGA